AUGCGAAACCACAUAGGUUUCACAGUGACCGUGACACCUCGAGAUGCGAAAGAGGCACUCGUCCGGUCAACUCUUAUAGGAGGUUAACUGGCUUUUUUUUUGAGUUAAUUGUCUUUUUUUUCAGGUAAACUUCAACCGAGCACAUCUGUCAGCUCUUUCAAUCAAUUUUCCUUUCUGCAGUACGUUGAAUCAUGGUCAGGAAAGCAGAUUUCCAAGUGGAUUGGAGGUUUUUCAGUGGAUUUUUCAUUAUUUUCAUAGUAGAUGCAUAUUUUCAGGCCUAGGAGACCAUAUGAAUCCGUAUUUGGGGAUGAUUCGGAACGAUAUUCGCAGCGGGAAGCAUCUGGAGCUCGUCGAUGAAGACACGUUGAUGAAAAUUGGGAUUUCGGGUGUCGGACCGAGGAAAAUUAUUCUUCAGGCCAUUCAGUUGUUGCUUCAUUUUGUGAGUAGUUUUUUCAACUUUUGCAAGAAUUUUUAAGAAUUUUUCAGUGCCACGAAGUUCCGAACGAAAAUCUGCAGACUUUGGCGAUGAAUGUCGUCGUCGCCUGUAGGAAUGUGGCUCGGGAAAUGUUCAAUGCUCUUCAUAUGCGGGAAAAUGUUGUUUGAACUUAAGUUUUUGGGAUGAAGAUUCAUUUUUCAGGCGAUGCGAAGAUCUGAAAUCGUAACCAUUCUGAAUAAUGUGACGAGCGCCGUUUCGAGUACCGCCGAACAGACGAAAAAGCUCAUUUUUUGGCUCGACAGGUUCAUUUUUUAUCUUCUGCGAGAAAUCGCAAUAAAAAACUCAGUAGUUCUAAAAAUGAGCUCAGAGGGUAACUUGACGUGUAGUUUGAAUAAAAAAUUUGAUUUGUUAUCUGUCCAAAAAAAUUUGAAAAAGUAGGUUGAAAAAAUCGGUAAAAAGAUAAUAAAAGGAUUUUUUUCGAAACAGUUUUGAGGUCUAGAAAGACCAAAUUGCAGUUUCAAAGUAGGACAUUGAAAAAUUGAUGUUCGAUUUAAAAAAAUAUUACAAGAAAAAUUUCGUAUUUGUGAUCAAGUUUUUAAUGUUUGCCUCUGACCUUUUUUUGAGUUAGUCUGGGAAAUUUUUAUUUUUUUUCUUUUUUCAAUUUGUUUGCGUCCUUUUUUUCUAUUCCUUCAAAUAGCUCAUUCAGCGUUUCUUACAGGGUUUUUAAUUUUUUCUAAAUACUGCUUAAGGAGUCCCUUCGACGAGAUAGUGACCUACAUUGAGAAGCGGAACAAAAUUGCUCAUUUGAUUUGGAAUUUGGUGCGGAAUGUCAACGUUCAACCGAAGGCUUUGUUCGAAACUGCGGCCGAAAUUGUCAAGGUGUUGAUGAAUGGAGGGAAAUAGGAAUGAUGGGGAAAAUAAAAAUAUUUGUUGAAACAGUAAUCCUCUUUACUGAGUCCCGUAAAAAAAUUUUUUUCCUUUUUUUUCGAGAUUUUAUUAUCAUUGAAGCUGUUAGAAGAUUUUCGAACCUCAAUAACAUUUUAUAAGAAAUCUAAAUUUUGAAUUGAAAAAUUAAGAUAGCCGACGACCUCGAAGACGAGUGUCGGGCCAUCAUUGAAAGUGAAGAUUCGCUCAUUUUGUGCACAUCCUAUGUCGAAUCGGCCGUUCUGAAACGCCCAGACCAUUCUACAAAUUGGGUUUUUCCUUCUUUUUCUGUUUUUCAGUACUUAUUCUCGAUUUAGGGCAUAAAUCUGCAGUCGUCCUUCCGAGGGGUUCACGUCGUCAGCGAGAUAAAAGUCGGAUCUCCGGCCGAUUCUUGCUCGAAAAUCGACGCCGGCGACGAAAUCAUGAUGAUCAACGGGAAAGUUGUAAGCUUUUCUCUUGAAUCUUUUCGAAAACUGAAAAAAUUGAUGAUUCAAAUUUCUGUCGCUUUUUUAUUUCGAAUUCCUAGUGCUUGUUUCUCACCAUAACCUGAAAUCAAAACUAUUCCUCAAAUUGAUCAUUUUUUUAAUUCUGUUGAGGAAUUUUGAGAAGUUUUUUUCAAAAUGAAAAAUUUUUUUCUGAACCAAGAAGUAAGACCUUUUUGAGGUCGCUACUUUUUGAAAUUUUUUUUUUCGAAAGGUUUGAUUAUUUUUUUAAAGAUUCUACUUCAAAAUAUACAAGUUUCAGGAGUCUAAAGCACAUAAAAAGUUUAGUUCUUUUUUGAACUUUUUACAUUUUUUUGAUCGAUUAAAGAGGUAACUUUCUCGUCAAUUCUCGGACCCAAAUCAGACGUGUUGGGGAAUUUAUAGAGAGCACUCUUAAGUGACCCCUUGAAUUUCUCAGAAACGUCCGGAUUUUUUUUUCUUAAAAUUAAUCUCAUCUGUGCGAAAAUUCAUACUAAAGUUUUCAAAAGGGCAGGAGGUUUUCUAUAGAAGUCAUCCCCUUUGAAGAUCCCAGCAAACUUUCGAAUGAAUAAUGAAGCUGUAAAACACUUUAUCAUCAACGUGAAGUUGUAGGUGAUCGGAUGGGACUUGACGAGCGUCGCCCAGAGAAUCGCCUCUUCUGGAGACUCGGAACUCAAGCUGAUGCUGAACAAAAGGCCGCGGGAGACGACGCCGCUUCUGAUGAAGCCGACGCCGAAGACGUCGGCGCGUCCUCUGGCCAAGUUGCCCGGGAGUCAGGCAACUGCUGACGACGGCAGCAUUUUCGUGGUCAGGGAUUAUUUCAUUUUUGAUUUAUUCUUUUUCAUACGCCUUUAUACUGAUUGGGAACCAAGUCUGUGAAGCAAGGUCUUGUCUUGAUAUCAGUGAACUGGUUCUAGUGACCUAUCCGCCUUUGUGUGGGAGUGUCUAUUACCAACAUUUCUUGAAUCUCUUGGUUGCGUCGCGCCGGGGGAUCGAACUCAUGACCCUUCGAACCAUUGACGAACACACAACCAGUUGCGCUAACGUACACGGCCUUUUUAACAUUCAUUUCUUGUUGAUAGAUUUAGUAGGCUUACUAGGGAACGUUUUUUACCAAAGAAAAUUUCUCGCAAUAGAUCUCGUUUUCAAGUUAGGGCAUUUCAAAAGCCCGAAAUAGCGUUUUUUUGGCCUAGUUCGCGUAUUUUGCACACUUUGAAGCUCCAUAACUUGGAAACAAGGUCUAUUGCAUGAAAAACGUUCCCUGGUUAGAUUAUAUUUUAGAUUUCUCUAAACAUUUUUCCUAAUAUUUUUUGAUUUUUAGGCUUUAGCGUAAUUAUUCCACAUCUUGGAUCAGUGUUUAUGCAAAACUUAAACUAAUCAUCUCAAAAUCUAGGCGCUUCAUUAGUAGGAAUUUACAUAUCGACAUUUGAAAAGAGCUCGGAAAGCUCAUGAAAUAGUCUCUGCAGGAAAAUCAAGCAAAUCCUGAAAUUUUUUUUAUAAAAGCUGCGAGAUUAUUUUGUAAAUUUAAUAUAUAAGAACUGUUUUUCGAUUAUUGAAAUAGUUAAUAUGAAAUGCCUUAUCUCCUAAUCUUCUCAAGUUUUUUCAACGAAUCGAAAUGAAAAGUCAGAAUUUUAAUGUUAUUCGAGAAACAGGAAAAUGAUAUUUUUGAGCAUUCUAAAUGGAUUUUUCAAUAGAUUAUAGAUAUUUUUUUAAGACCCUCCCACUCGAUAUUGCUUUCUCUAUCGCAUUUUUAACGAAGAAAUGAGACCUUUUCAAAAAUAAUUUUUCAUAAAGUUGUUUAUUUUUCUUCCAGAACGUCGGCUAUCCACUCAUCCGACGGCGAUCCCUCAUUUUGAUGUCCGAGAUUAUCAAUAUGAAUGAACAGCGAAAGUGAAUCCUCACAUUCUUCCUGAAGAAAAUAAAUAUUUCCAGUCGAUCUUUGCGAAGAUCAAGAAGAGCUUCGAUCGCCUCGACGAGCGUCGACAACCGGACGGUGGACACGAAUGCCGUCGACGCCAGCGAACCUUGGGAUUUGUUGGAGUUAAUCGCGUUAGUUGAACUCAUGAUUCAGUAAUGGGAUCGACAUCAGUUUUUAUAUACUCAGGAACACUAUAGGGGUUAUAGUUAGACGCCAAUCUAGAGAUCUUGUAAGUGACCACUCUAGGGGGAGCUUGCUAGUAUUUCAUGGUUAUGAACUCUAUGAGAAAUUUCAAUUUUCAAAUUGAAAGGAAAUGACUUGCAGGCCACCGAAACCCGUGGAAGACCCGACAAGGAUCGUGAAACGGGCGAGAACGAUGCGACAUCAGCCCGACGGCUACGUCCGCUCGUUCAUCGACAACAAAUUGGUUCACGAAAUCGAGGACGACGUCGUCGCCGACCAACUUCCUUUCAACGUCAAGUGUGGGUUUAUUUUUUAGCUGGAUAGCAGCGUCUAUUUGAACUAACUUCUGAAAAUGUCUUAAAAAAUUUUUUUCAUGUUCUCCCGAAGCCUUUUUGAGCGAUUUUUAACAAAGAGCGAUUUUACCAAUCAAACUUUAUUCAGCUCCUUUUUUAAAAAUUAUUGAAAAAGUUUCUGAAAAAUGAUCCAAGUUUCAUAUUCUUGCGAUCCUCCAAGCCAAUUUGAUAAUUUCAGGCCCGACUGAGUUCGCUGAAAUCGCCGUGGUUGAGCCUCACGAGCUGCAGCAGCUCAACUUGGUUGAGCCGAAAAUAACGGACGACGAGUGGAAAGCCCCGUUUCAGGUAGAGAUUAAAAGCAGAUGAAAUUUUUUUCCUAUUCUCUCUUGUUCAUACUCAACCAGUCUGAGUUGAUAGCAUAUAAUAUUUUGUUAGAAUAAGUGACAGAAUCAGCUUCUUUUCACACUUUUUUGUAACGAUAUUUCCUGUUUCAGGAGUUCGCGACGCAGAGUUACAGAGCGCCCAUGGGAGAUUCGAAUAUUUCUGCUUUAAGUAUUGAAUCGCCGCGAUUCCCAACGCCAUCUAAGUGAGUUCGGAUUUGCAGGAAAUUAUAGGUCUCGAUUAAGGUUCGAAUGUAUCGUUUUCAGUUUCUCUCUAAUUUUGAAGCACUUGAAGAAAAAUUUUUUGUCUCUCCUUUUUAAAAAAUUGGUUAUCACGUGGACUCUCAGUGCUAGGAGAAGAUAUCUCGAAGAUUAUGGAAGGCUUUAGAUGAGAGGUGGAUUUUGGAGAAUAUAGAAGUUAUAGUAUGAGGUAGAACGUUCCAGAGGCUUGGGUAUCUCCCUGAAGAAUUUAUAAAGUUUCCAGAAAAAAUUCGAAAGGCUUACAGGGAAGGUAACUUCACUUUGUGGUUGAGAAUUUCCUGAAAAUUGCCCAGAACGCUCCUUGAUAUACUGGAUGAAGGUCCUGGAACUCUCAACCUGCAAAACUUUCUACUUUUAAAGAAAGGACACCCCAAAAUCGAAGAAAACCUUCAAGGUCUACUAGAAUGGGCCUUUUUUGGUUUUUGAGCCCUUUUUUCUCGAAAAUGGGUAAGCUGUUCAUGUUGAGGCUUUCGUAACCUUUUUUCGUGCAUCAACAAAUGUUCUGACCAAUUUUCAGAGAACUCCCAACCGCAAAGUAAAAUGAUCUUCCUCUUUAGGAAGGUUUGGAAUAUCGUAGAACCACAAAGGUUACGAUGACGUCUUAUGACGUAAUACAUGCGAGAAAUUGAAAGAAGGUUCUGGAACAAGUUAGAAAGACAGUUCCAAAGGCAACCAAAACGAUUUCUCAUUAGCCACCGUUUCCAGCAAGAUGACGUCAUCGAUGGAUGACUUCUCGCCCUGCGGAGUCCUUCCGAGUCCCUCCACGUCUUCGAUGAACAGCGUCAGCAGUCCCGCCCCCUUCAAAUCUAUGUCUACGAGGUUUCGAGAAGAAUAUCAAAUAUCUUCAGGGAAAAAUAUAAGAACCUUCCUUGAAACGUACAGGGAGAAUGAAUACCGGAAAUUAACUGCGAAAAAGGUAAAGAAGUGAUUUUCAAACGAGCUCCAAUGAGUUUUGUGAGAUCGAGUUUUGGGAAAAACUCUAGUGGCCGCUUAAGAGGUACCUCAAGAACUACUUAGAGAGGAGCUCUCGCGAGAUUGAGAAAUUUUGGGACGGAGAAAUUUUACCUUAAGAUAGAUCUCGAACAACGGUUUUUUUUUGGUUCCAAUAGAGUUUCAAUUUUUUCAAACCGUUUAAUGAUGAAGAAAAUGAAAUGAGGAAUUUACUUUUAGUUGGUAAGAUCCUGAUUUUAACUUGUCGACUACACGCUUGGACUUCUAGUUCGCCAAAGGCCUUCAAAAGCCUAGUCGAUUUUUUUUUUCACUGGAAUAAAACUGAAAAUUUGAUGUUUGGGAGUUCUGUUUGCCCCUACCCAACUUUCCUGUCCUGAUCCUUUUUUCUUCAAUUCUCUCAGAGAAAUAAUUUUGAACCCUUUUCGAAAAUUUCUUACUAUUGAACAAGAUCUUUUCAGUCUUUUUCAAAACAUAAGUUAUUUCAUUUCUUUGGCUCUCAUUUAAUUUUGAUAGUUUUUCUUUUUCAGCAUCACUGAAUGGCCGGUUUCUGGCGAUGAAGCAGCUCCAAAUUCACCCAAAACUUUUGGAGUCGAGAAAAUUUUUCGAAGGAUGGGUUCGUAGAAGGUUUUUUUGCUCAUUUAUAUGAAUAUUUCAGUUAAAAAUACUUUUUUCAGAAAAACAGGCGCCGAGCUGAAAGAAGUGACGAAUAAAUGGCCAAAGUGCUGGAUGUGCUUGAAGGGACCUUAUCUGCUCCUCUGUCAGAAUCAACAUGUUAGUUUUUUUUUAGAGAUCUUUUAUAGAUUUUCUUUAGAAGAGGAAGGAAGUAAAUGAGUUAGGCUGAGCUAUGAACUUUAAGAUUGGGACUCCCAAAAAAAAAAAUUCAUAUACUGAAUUACACAGUAAUAUUUUUCUCGACUGUCUCUUCAGGCCUCCGUUAAUCUCUAGCUCAUAUUUUUUCCAUCUAUCUUUCUUGACUGUAAUAAACUUGAUUGAAUCGUGGUUAAAUCAAAUUAAUGAUGACCUUUCAACGUGUCAACAGAUCCUUUCUCAAAUGAUCCACUAUUAACUUAUUUCAAUACUUUUCCUUAGAAAUAGAUUUUUUUGUUGUUGUAUGUUUUAGUAAUGUUGUAAGAUGUGUUAUAGGUUCAAACAUAGAAAAAUAAAGUCAAAAAAUUGCAUUUUCCAGACCCGACGAGCUGAUAUCUCAAUAAACCUGGCGAAAGCUUCGAUCUCAGAAAACACCGAUUUGAAAACAUCUAAAAGAUUGUACGUUCUCCCUUUGAUUUUCCUUCUCAAUAACGAUUUUCAGUGUUUUCCGGGUCUCCUCUCCAACCACCGAUUAUCAUUUUUCCUGUUAUAAUGCCCUUGAUUUGAAAAGGUUCUUGUGUUCCGGAAAUAUUGAUGAGAGAAUGUUGAUUUUCCAGCUGGGUCCAGAAAAUCAACUUCGCCAAGGCCGUUUUUUCUGAAACCCAACAGCGCGUUAUGUCACAGUGUCAGUUUCUUAUCUCGAUUUAUUAUUUUUUCGAAAAUUUUGGAAAACAGGGAAAAUUAUCAUUUUGGAUGAUGUUGCAGCAAGUGUGAUAUUCAUAGUCCAGAAAUGUCAAAAAAAUAUAAUUUUUCCGUUGAUCCGCUUUGAACUACUUUAUACGACAUUCCAGCUGCAAUCAAACCUAUAAAUUCAUUAAAAAUGCGUGAAAACUUCACUGAGCUCUUCUAUGUGUGAAUUUUUAUGGGUUUUCAUAAUUUUACAUUAUUUGUCUUUUCAAACUUUCUGUGAGCUUCAUGGCUCAAGAGAAUCGUAUGAAUCAGAAAAUAUUUCUAGAAUUUGAUAAAGUCAUCGGCCUUUUUCUAGAAAGCAUGUAAAAAAACUCAAAUAUGAUUCGUUUCUAAUUUAUUUCAUCCGAUAAACUCCCAAUGUCGAAAUCAUUCUUCUAGCCGUUUCCUACACGACCGACGCGGAUUUGGGAAUGGCCGAUCCGUCACAUUACAAUACAAUGAAUGGACUUCCGUCUAUGAUGAGCCAGAGUCAUGUGAGUGCAGAAAAAGUUCGAACCUUCCAAAAUUACAGAGCAUUUUUUCUCUUUUGAACCUCUUGUUAACCAGGGCUCAUUAGCUUUUGCCCCAAGCGAUAACUUAAAGAAUUGUGGCAUUUAUUAACUUCAACAAAUUUGUCUUGAAAUGAAAAAGGUUUCGGGUUUGAUAGCAAUUUUUGGAAUUGUGAAAAAUACGUCAACGUCAAAACUUUUUCAACCUUUAUUGUUUUAAAAAGUUUUUAAAAAAAGAAACCAAAAAUUUCGCCAUUUCUUGGUAGUUUGAAUGUUUUUUUUUUCACAUUUUGACCCUGUUCUUUGAAGUUUUAUAGCAAAAAACGGUAUUUGGAAUACUUGAUUCUGGUGGUGUUCAGGGUUCCACGGAAUUCAGUUACCCGUCUUCCUCAUAGAUUUCUUCUUUCUUUACCCGUUUUUCUUCAUCCUUUUUGAAAAUGUCGUCUUCCCUGCAACCCUGAUGUUGAAAGGAAAGGAAGACCAACUCGCAAAUUACAGCACGAGUCGAUGUCGCCGACGAAGCCGAAGAGCCUGACCCCAGGUCCGACCUCAAGCAUCUCCCAGUCGCUGACUCGACCUCUCCAUCUAUCGACGAGCAUCCUUCCCGGCUCGGCCUCCUCCAAAUUCCCUUCUUUCUCGAAAUCAAAAAAGAUCUGA